CAUUGGCAUUUAGUCGUGCAUCGGUUGUCCUUCUGUGCGGAUGGUUAAGAGUUCGCUGUGCGCGCCGUCUAACCAAAAUACAUCUGUGUGACUGUGUAACGUGCGUUUGCCGUUAUUUUGCGAGUGUUUACGUGUUUACGUGCUUACCAUUUACCGCUAUCAUACGAUUUGACACGAAAUGUUGUUCGUCGCGUUGUUUUCGUUGUCGUCGUUAUCAUUGUUGUCGUUGCCAGAGUUGUUGUCAAUUGCCAGCUUCUGGCAGCGCUGCUCGCAAAACUUCUGAACGCAUCAAGUGAAAGUUUUCGCCCCGCGUCACUCUCUCUCCACCUGCACUGCUAACGACGCGUUGCACCAGAGAUACCGUUACUACUAAACUUCUCUAGCUCCGUGUGUGCUUAAUUUGAUAGAUUUAUCGAAAAUGUUUGGACUUGGACCACGACGAGGAUUGCCACGCCUCCCUGGCAAUGGGCGUUUAGCUGGCGUUGCGCUCAUUAUCAACACAGUGCUAUUAAUGAUGACUGCCACGCCCACUCGAGCCGAGAUACCUUCAAAGGGCAAACACACACGCGUGGAUACACAGCAAACGGCACUGGAAGAUGCGGACAUGCCACGCUUUGCCGAACCCAUUGCUAAUGUCACCGUCUCAAUUGGCCGCGACGCGCUGCUCGCCUGCGUCGUGGAGAAUCUCAAGGGCUACAAAGUGGCCUGGGUGCGUGUGGAUACCCAGACGAUACUUUCCAUACAUCAUAAUGUAAUUUCGCAAAAUAAUCGGAUUAGUUUGACCUACAACGAUCAUCGAUCGUGGUAUUUGCACAUCAAGGAAGUAGAGGAAACGGAUCGUGGCUGGUACAUGUGCCAGGUCAAUACGGAUCCAAUGCGCUCCAGGAAGGGCUACCUGCAGGUGGUGGUGCCACCCAUGAUAGUCGAGGGCAUGACCAGCAACGACAUGGUUGUCCGGGAGGGUCAGAACGUAUCGCUGAUGUGCAAGGCACGUGGUUAUCCAGAGCCCUACGUCAUGUGGCGUCGCGAGGAUGGCGAGGAAAUGCUAAUUGGCGGGGAGCAUGUCAAUGUCGUUGAUGGCGAGCUGCUGCACAUCACCAAAGUGAGCCGGCUCCACAUGGCGGCCUAUCUGUGCGUGGCCUCCAACGGGGUGCCGCCAUCAAUAAGCAAGCGGGUGCAUUUGCGAGUUCAAUUCCCCCCAAUGCUAUCCAUACCAAACCAAUUGGAAGGUGCCUACUUGGGCCAGGAUGUUAUGCUGGAAUGUCAUACAGAGGCGUAUCCAGCCUCAAUCAAUUAUUGGACCACUGAGCGCGGCGACAUGAUAAUAUCAGACACUUCCCGAGCUGGUGAUAAAUACGAGACCACAUCAACCGUCAGCGGUUAUACGAAAUAUAUGAAGUUAAAAAUUCGCGCCGUUGGGCCAAAUGAUUUUGGCACCUAUCGCUGCGUAGCAAAAAAUUCGCUGGGCGAAACCGAUGGCAACAUUAAGCUCGACGAAAUGCCGACACCCACAACAGCAAUUAUAUCGGAGAUGGCCAUGUUAAAUCGUAGCUAUGAUGGCAAGAGACGUCAUAGAAAUAAAUUUGAGUCGGCUAACGCUUUGCCUGAUUACGGGGUUGAGGAGUGGCGUGACGGUGCUCAAGGCAACCAUGCUGGCAACACUGGCGAUAACAAUCAAACGCCCGUGCGUAAUCCGCCCGGAGCAUUUCACAAUUCUGCAGGCUCACUGGCACAGCAUAAUCUACUUGGUAAAAUAAUGCGCGGCAUUAAAACGCAAUCAUUUGGGAUUUUCAAACGUUUAUCGAGUUAUUUGCCAGCGGCGCUGCUAACGUCGCUGCCAGCGACGCGGUGGCGUAUGAGUAAUAUGAAAAACCAGGCCCCCACCCAGCCACUAGAGGGCGCUGUCAGCGCGCAGUCAAACAUAAACAGCAGCAUCUGCCAAAGGACAAACAGCGGCGGCGGCAGCAGCACCACCAACAACAACAACAACAACAACAGCAUCCAUGACAACAACAAUAACAGCAAUCGAUGGGCGUGGCAGCGUGAGCUGCGCAUAUUUCACAUUGCUCAUACGCCGCGUGUGACGCAAUGCCAUUGGCCAAUGCUCAUUUGCAUAGUAAUAUUGGCAGGCAGUUAUGUUGUUGCCACGGAUCCUAUGCCAAAGUUGUUGUUGCUGCUGCCGUUGCCGUUGAUGUUGCUUUUGCUUUUGCUUUUGCUGCAUUUUAUCGGCAGCCGCAUCGCAUUUUCUAUUAGUGCGGCGCAUAGGCAACAUUUAAUGUUAACAUUUUGGGCUGUUGGUAAUAAGGUUGCCGCAUUGUUGCCGCAAAUUUAUACAACAACAGGAGCGGCAACAAAAACAACAACAAUGGGGCUAAAAGCAACCAAGCCAAACACAUUUGCUGUGCUUUGCCAGCGCCAGUAUUCAAGAUGAAAUCAAAUAAUUGCAAAAAACUCAUUUAGGGCACAACAACAACAGCAACAAAGACAACAAAAACAACUUCAACAAAAAGCAGCGCGGCAAGAGCGUGAAAAAUAGAAUCAAACUUAGACAAGUAAGAAACUGAAUAAAGUUGUGCAAGGCAGCACUAGAAAUACUCAUAGAGACACCCUCAUACUCAUAUACCCCCAUAUACUUGAACUACAUGCGUAUAUAUGUCGUAUAUAGCAUACAUGUAUAGCUAUAAUCGUAGAUAUGUUUAUGCUUGCGCGCGUAAAAUGAAUAUCAUGUUAAAUGGCACUCGCUCUGAGCGACUGUUGAUUAAAUGAAUAGUCAGCCAAA